AUAGGGCUGUGCUUACUGUAUUGGGAAAGCAGGUACGACACAAGUGUUGAAAAACGAAACAGUGACGGAACUGCCAACCAUGGGCUGUUUCAGAUCAGUGACCGCUACUGGUGCCAGUCGUCUCAAAGAAGUCCUAGUAUCAACAUCUGUCAACUGUCGUGUAAUGAGUUAAGAGAUGAUGACAUCUAUGAUGACGUCAACUGCGUUUUGGAGAUGUUCCAUCGUCAUGAAUUUAAUAUUUGGCCAUCUUCCUUCGAGAAAUGCUCUGGAAACCUCACGGCCUGGUUAACUCCCUGUCACACCUUCCAUCAGCGAAACGGUUAUCCUCACCAGCAAGGUUACGUUCCUCAAAACCCCCAUCAACCCCCUAAAAGUGACCAUCAACAAUAUGAGCAUCAGUAUAAUCGUGAUUAUGGCAGUCACGGCGGCGGGCAACAUGGGGGAGGGAUCCAGAUAACUCCAAACGGUAUUCACGUAAACUUAAACUCAUCCCCCUUAAGUGCAUUAUUGAGUGGUGGUGGAGGACUUGUUAAUUUAUUGAGUGGUGGAGGAGGGCUGGGUAGCCUAUUGAGUGGUGGUGUUGGAGGAGGACUGAAUAGUUUAUUGAGCAGUCUUACAGGAAAACUACGUGUCAAACCUUUUUUCAAGGUGUAUAACACCAUCUCGCUUGGCGCUGAUCAUUAAUGGUAACCUGAAGACGACUGCUGCCAUCUAGUGGACAUAUGGAUAAUUACUGCCAUUUAGUUGAAAAAGGUAUCUCUUAUAAUACACAGUUUGAGUCAUUGACAUCAUAUCACAAAAUCUGUGAUUCGUCGCGUAAUCAUCGAAGUAAAAACUGCAAACAAGGUGAUUUAUUUGCGAUAUUAUUAUUCGACCACAACUUUCAAACGCGAUACAUGGGUUAAGGAACUGGUAUAUUUACCACUUGUGUUAGACACGUGCUGUCUAACGUUUCAUGUAAGGAAACAAAGUGUUGAUCACUGGCCUACAUUUCGUAAAAAGUCGAAAGUUGGAGUAUCCUUACUACUAUUAAGUACGCACAUUAAACAUAUACCCUUGUUGUAUCUAACAAUUAAAGAUUGAAAAAAAUGAUAAUCUGACUCUAAAUAAAGAAGAUGCUUAUUGUACAACACCAGAAUCUUUAUUAGACAGCUUUAA